GUGUGUGUUAUUUAAUUAGUAACAAUUAGAUUUGUCUCGUGUCUGUUGCUUGAAAGAGUCUAUUGUCAGGACAAUAGCAGCAGAAACACUAACAACAACAUUGUUGUUACAUGUAAGCGGCGGUGCUGGUGGUGGUGCAGUAGACGGCGAGAGGGGAGCCCUCCCCCCCGCCCUUACUUCUUCUUCUUCUUCUCUUGUAGACAAUAUGGAUGGAUGGAUGGUGUAGUUUAUUAUCAUCACCUGAUGUGGGAACGACACCCUCACCUCUCAACGCAAGCAAAGAAUAUCAAAAAGAAGAAAAAGAAGCCAGAGUUGAAAUGACUGAUGUUGGUGUUACCACAACCAGCUUUAACCCAAUCACUUCUAGAAAUUCUCAUCUAAAAACAUACAUCGGACUGUGAAGCUUCUUCGUCUUCCAGACCGUUCGUUCCUGAUUAAAAUAAUAAUAAUAAUAAUAAAAAGAUAAAAUAACAACCCUGACAGACAUAUCAAUUGGAUGUGAUAGGAUUUAAUUUUUUUUUGGUUCAUUCCAUUGAUUUUGGUGAGACCCUUUGCUAUAAAACCUUUGCCAUGUCUGUUAAAGUGACUUCUCACAAUGUCUGGGAUUUAUACCUGAGGACACCAGAAGCACAGAAAAAGUCCAGGAUUUUGGACGUUUUCUUAUGGCUUGUGCUGAAAGAAGCUCGAGGUAAAGAGGACUACUCGGAACCAGGAGACAUGACAGUCACAUGUAACCAGCUGGUGCAGGAAUUCAUGUCUGGAAUUCUUCGGAUUACCAAUGAUGCUAAUGAAGAUGAUGUGGAAGAAUUACAGAAUUACCUCCUCAAAGGUCAAGGGGUCUAUUUGCUAAAGGUCAUUCACAAAAUUGGAGUAAAGGAUCUGUCAAAUGGCCGGAACUUUACAAAUUUAUUACUCUCUUUAGUAUCAUGGUGUCUGAAAUUCAAUUCUUCGAGCGAAUCAUUACUUACAGAAACUGGUAUUGAGAAUUUAUCAUCAACACUCAAGAAAUCUUUGCAGAACUUUGUCCCAACCAACAACAAGAAGCGGCAGCAAGUCUUCCCUAGUUGCCGCAAAGAACAUCUCUUAGCAAUAAGUCGGAAGCAGCUUCUGAAUGAAUACAUGUCACUGGAAAGUAGCCGGGAGUUACACAAAGCCAUGAAACCAGCUCCUGUUAUGGAUCGCAGUACAUCUGACUCGGAGGUUCAGGAACUCUCCGAGAGCAACCAGCCACCAACCAAGUGGAAACUAGAUAAAAAACGUAAAUAUAAAUUUGGUGAAUCUCAGUUUCUGUCUUGGCAGAACCGUUACCAAACGCUGAGUGAAGAAAAUCUAAAAGGUAUUCAACGUAGUAAAAUCCAGGAGGUCUUCCAUCCAGCCGAAACCUGUUUGCUUAUGAUUGAUAUCAUCCAGAACGUGUGUUUGCUGGACUUAAACCAAACGGUGCCCUCAAAGUUAGUGUCAGUCUCUUUGCUGCCUGAGUUGUUAGAUGCUCUUUUUCGUUUCCAUGACAUGUUCCAAAAUCCAAAUCCACAAGUAUGGACCAAGGACAUUCUAGCUUAUAUCCUAAAACACCUUUUGCAGUUGGUGUUCAUGCUAAGCAAUAUAACUGCUACACAACAAAAUGGUUCCAGUAUUUUGAUCCGGAAUCGGAUAUUUCCCAGUUUACUUUAUUUAGCUCAUGAUCUUUUAGAAGAUAUUACCUACCCUGAGAACAUAGUCUGGUCUGAAGUAUCGGACCAGUGCCACGUUAAAAUGGUAUUGGUGUCCGACAUCAUAUCAGGAUUACUGCUCUGUGCUACUGAAGUCUUUCACAAUAUUCCACUGAAUCCUGUUUUUAUAAACUCAGCUUUAAAAGUUAUGUGGAUAUUCAGAGAAGAACGAGGUUUUAGUAUGUUGGAAUUGAUCCUUUCUUGGCUUGACUCUGAAUGUUUCCCACAUAAAGUUUGUAAAAAAUUCUCCCCCAAAGACAAUCUUUUAAAGUCAGUCAGCAGUCUUGUAAUAGCCAUGAAGAAAGCCAAAGUUGGUUACAUUCAUUCUUCCACCUGUAUGAAGAAGAAACACAGAAAAUGUAUUUAUACUCAUUGUUUUGAUCAUCACCAUAAUAUUCUUGGCUUUGCUUUCACCAAAAAUGUCAGCCGACAGAAACUGGAUGUUUCUUCAGAUAUUUGUGUUGUUGGUUAUUGGUCACAAUUCUUACUUGAUGUUUUACCGUUUCUCAAAUCUAAGCAACAACAACUUCAAGUCUUCACCCUGUUUGUAACAGCUGGCAUUUGUUGUUGUAUCGGGAUAGAGGUUAUGCUGUCCAGCUUCCAUUCGUCUUUCUAUAAUCUGUCUCCAGCUGUAAAGAACUAUGCCUUAGACAUCAUGAACAAUAUGCUGCUGGAACAGUUGUCUGGUGCCAGACACAUAGCACAGAAACCAAGUAAAAUCGAAAUUUGUAAGGUGUGUGAGGACGAUUCCUUUGAUACUUUUAGUGGUAAAUUAAAACGUGGAAUGGACCCAGACUGCAAAGUGAAUCCAGAAGCGCACGACAGUGGUGUGUCAAGUAGCGAAAUAUCAUCAGAAGAUUUCAAGUCUUCUAUGAAGAAAGAUUUGCUCAAGCGAUGGGGAUCCCUGGCCAAAAUGUGUGAUAUCUUAUAUUCUGGGGACACAGUAUCUGCUUCGUUACUCUCCAAACAUUUGUUGAUCUUAGCUGUCCAUGGCAGAACAGAAGUUAAACAAGAACUAUUCCAUUCCAUUUAUUUACCAAUUCUUACAGACUACUGCAAGUGGAAAUCCACAACACAACAUAUCAUACCAUCACCACUCAGUAAAUCUGUCAUCAUGAACUGUCUGUCUGCCUUUCCGUAUCUCCUGCAAGCAGAGUCUGUCAUGCCAACUUUCUUGGCUCGACAUGGCAUUGAAAAAUUAUGGACGAUUCUUGAGGAUCCGUCUUUACAGGAACUUGUCUUGCAUGUGUUCGAAGCUUUGAUAAUUGCUGACGAAUAUGUGUCGUUAGAGAAUAUAUUAAAAGAGAACAAAGUAUCGGAGAGGCUGAUGGACGAGAACAGUCCGGUGUCCGACUUCUCCAGUGACGAUGAUCUGACCUACAGCAGUAACAUGGUCAUCCGGUCGUUCUUGAAGAUCUUAUCUGAAAAUAUCAAAUUACAUGGUGUCUCUAUUAACAUACUUCCAAAGAACUUUCUAAAAGACUCUGAAAUGAAUGAUGGAGAAGAGGUGAACCAAUUAUCAGAUUCUUCCAUGCAUCUAAAAUGGUUCCUACUUUUAAGAAAUCUAUGGAGAACGUGUCAAGUUCUUUUGCUCAAUAGUCCCAGCUUUCUUCUCCAAUUCAAAACCUCCGAAUGUUUCAUGCUUGCCAAACAGAUUCUCUUCCACAUCAUACCGCAACUUGGGACUUACGCCAGUCCAACUCACCAAUUCAUGGAACCGGGUGUUUAUAACAGCAAUAUCGGUGACCAACCCCUACAAUCUGUACCAAUCUUCCAACAAGCUCUCAGUCUUCUUGAGUCUGUACUUAUGGCCUGUAUCAUCUGCUACAUGCCAGCAUUUGCAGCCAAGUCGGACACGAAGGAUUUCCAGGCAUUGCUGUCUGAAGUGAAGGAUGGUUUGAUGAAAUACAAAACCCUUCAAGUGAACCAACUGCAGAUGAUUUUUGAUACUUUACUGCGCUGUGCAAAACCUGAUCGUAGUACAAUACUAGAACUGUCCUCUCUACACACCCUAAUGAUGUAUUCCAAAGACGAUGACUUGGUAGAUGAAGAAGAAGUCCGCCAGUUAUUACAGCAGGGUACCGACACCGAGAUGGAAUGUCUGCUGAUCGAGUGUGGUUAUGAUGCUGACAGUGAAUUCUCUUUAUCUGAUGAUCUGAAAGGUAAACCAUCUCGGAGCAAGGAAUCAGAUCUCUACCUCACCCAGAUUCAUUUUGCUUCCGUCUACCGCCUCAUUAUUGAAUUGAUGAUUCACAUGAACAGAGAAGGAUAUGGCCAAGGAAUAUUCCACCGCAUUCUUUACCAGUUAGUACAGACAUGUCGUGAAGAUGAGGGUGCCAUGCAAGCUAUGAGUUCUGAGGGUAUUGCUGGACUUAUACUCAAUGGGAUGAAAGAAGAUCUCCUAGGAAAGACCUCCAUAAAUAAAGAAACCCAGAUCUUGCUGUUCACAUACAUCCAACAGUUAGCACAGAACCAGAUAACUGCUGCUGAACUGAAGCUGCUUCUACGUCUGUUCAUGGAAGAUGGCUCUCCCUAUGAUUUACUGCUGUCCACCCUAACAGGGAUUGUUGAAAACUAUAGAGUGUCACCAACUCAUUAUGUCCAGUUCCCGGUAACGAGACAGGAUUCAAGCAACUCUAAUUACAACGGCAGCAGCAGCAUCAACAGCAGCAGCAAACACAAGAUGGAGUCUGGCUGUGAUAAUGAUGUCCACCCUGGCAGCAGUCCAAAGGUGAUCAGUCUAGCACCAGUCACAAUGCAAGUGUCCAAUCUAUUACCGUGGCCACCCUACCAGAAUGGCUUCAGUGUGUCACUAUGGUUACAGCUUGGCGACGAGGUUCUACCUGACCAAUGGAUUCCAGGAACCAGAUCGAAGGAGAAGGUGAUGCAGGAUUCGACGGACAUGUUUGACAAUGGUGACCACCACAAGACCUGGUUGAGGUCGAAUCUAUCUCAUCAGACCCCUGAUGCAGCUUCUUACAUUAGCAACGAAUGUCUACACAUUUUCUCUGUAGGCACAGAAGAAAAGAUGUUUGAGAUAUGGGCUGACCCCUGCAUUGGAACCCUUGUUGUCAGAUUAACUAGUUUGGCGUCAGGUAGUACAGUCAUCCUGAAAGAAUGUUCUGCUCCAAGCUUACUCAACACGAAUCGGUGGCACCACUUGAUAUUGCAGUAUCGUGAAGUCCUUGAUGAAAACAUCCUGUCAGGAAAGGUUUCCAUUGUGCUGGAUGGCUGGUGGUCUCAGGAAAUGGUAUUGGAUCAUUCCAGAGACAUUCGUAUGACCCAGCUAGAACCGACUGUCUACUUGGGACACACAAGGAAUUACAGGAACCAUUUGCUUAAUCGCAAGAAGUCUUGGUAUCUUGGUCCACUCAUGCUUUUUAAAGGUGCUAACUUAUCCCAAGAGAUCUGCUUUCAUCUCCAUGCUCUUGGCCCCAACUGUUCCUCAAUCAGCAAGUGUGACUGUUCUGAGCAGGCGGCAUCUUAUAUUCCUCAACUGUUCAAGAAUGUUGUUUGUUUCUCUGGAGUUUCCACAGACACUUUGGUUGGCAUCAAUCAAGUAAAUCUGGACACUGCUAGAAACAACCUAAUUCUAAUCUACAACCCACAACACCCGAAAUUGUUUAGCCUUUACUGUGCUGGUGGAUCAUCCCAGCUUCCAAACUCCCUCGGGCUCACCCUUGGAAUAUUGCCACCUUCCAUGAUCCAGUCCAGGGAUCUCCUUGAACAACAUCCAUUGGUUGUACCGGUCAAGGUGGCACCAUCCCUGGAGAUUUUGGCUUGCUUCAAGAAUUGUCUGGAACAAUCAGCUGAAGAAAUGGGAGGAAUAAACGUAUUUAUGUUCCUUGUUGCAAAGGUAUUUGAAAAGUGCCGGCUCCCUUCAGAUGACAGCGAUCAGGGAUUGAACUUGUUACAGAUGCGGCAAGACAUGGAAAAACUGCAGGCGUCGGCCCUAAACCUUCUGUUCCAAAUGAUCAAACAAGUACCGUCAAUGUGUCUGCAGUAUAUGGAAUCUCAAGGAGAUCGGAUGAUUUCCAGAGUCUUGGAAACUUCAAGAAGUUUAAUUUCUUUCCGUAUUUUAAAGGUGCUACUGGAUGCUGCUACCACAGAAUCCGUGAUGAGAUUCGAUUCUCAGUUAAACACUUACAUCAUAAAAGAGCAAACGUUGGCCAUUGUCCAGAAUAUGUCUGUUAUUGAGAAUCUUCUACUGAGGUGGAGAAUUUGGACCAGAGGUCCGUCGUCUGUGAUGGAAUUACUCUUCAAAGCCCUUGAGUGUUUGGUCAGAGAUGACCAUCCACAUCAAAUGUUCAACAUUAAACAAUAUCAAGCUGGAAACUUUGUACAACGAGUCUUUCUUAUGUAUCAGGAAUUAGUGCGAGAACACGAACCAGUGCCAUCGGCAACAAUCAGCAGUUCCAUUGUUGCAAUCAUUCAGAAAAUGGUUGGUUCUCCCCCAGACUCUCACCUCAUAGUAGCUGUCUGUGAUUUUCUGUUGUUGAUGCACCCUGCUGCUGACACCUACAUAAACUAUGCAAGAUCCGGCUUCUACUUCAGUUGCUGGUGGGGUGUACCUGGCACUCCCAUUGCUAGGAGAAUCAGCAGGAAGAAUAGGACAAUUGAUCAAGUGAGACUGGCCAGUCUUGGUGAUUAUGACAAUGAAACUGAAGGAACCAGAAAAGGCCUCUUCCGAACGGUGUCUUUUGUAUCAUCUAGCAAGCCUGUGUAUGAUCGACAGAUCGGGAUGAACCGACCUCGUUCCGCUUCAUAUCCAAGCAAUAAUGAAUUAAGAGGAUGGAAGACACAAAAGGAUAAACAGAAUUAUGCCGAACAGUUCCAAGACGGUAAAAAGCUUUCCUCAAAGAUUCACUCGCAAAGCGAGAAAACACCGGAUUCUUGUGGAACGGAAAACAGUUUCAACGAAGCAGACAGCAACGAUAUUAAUGAUAAUUCUGCCUGCAGUUCGGGAAAGUCUGCUGCCAGUGCCGUUGAUGGCAACCUCUCCCAAAAACUGAGUUCAAUCGACCAAGACAACAGUAGCAGUCUCUGUCGUCGACCCCUUUAUUCUCUGUCUGAAUCUAUGUCCCCUACAAGCUGUGAUAUUGGUAGUUCUUUGGAUUCUGAUGAUGAUGAUGACGAUGAUGAUGUGUAUGAAAGUGAAGAUCAUGAGACUACAGAGAAGGGUCUUGUAGUCCUCUGUGCUGGUUUACUAGAACUAAUGUGUUCGACAUUAAUUGUCUUUGAUGAAACCCAAUUAGACAAGCUUCUCUUUAAUGUUAUUAAUGCAAGAGUCCUCAUUGUUCUGGCACACAACAGUUCCGCAGAGAUUAGGGCCCUCGUCAUUCGGCUCCUUGAUAUCUACCUCCAACGAUGUCGCAACAACCAUGUUGAAGUCUUCCUUAAGCUAAAUGGUUUCCAUCUGCUAGCAACUCAACUUUACCAUUACCAGUCAGAGAAAUCUCUGGUAGAGAUGGCCUUCUCAAUAAUGCUUGCCAAGCAAUUCACUAUGGACGAAGGCUUUGACUUCAGCCAACUGCACCAUGUGAACCAAGUACAACUAUCAUCAGCUCCACUACUUCUGUCUCUUCUGGAGAAAUCUUCUGAAGACUUUGCCUUAGCUUCUUCUUUUCUAAUCAUUCUUCAUCAGAUGUUUGAAUGUAAUUCUGUGAUUUGUGCUGCUUUGAUGGACUCUGGACUCACUGAAACCCUCUGCAAUUUCUUGGCUAAGAUGAACCAGUUUUACAACAGACCAAUGGAUGAACGGCAAACAGUAUUUGAUCGACUGAAAAAACUCUUCACAGCUGUAGCUCUCAGAGAAUUUAGCCUUAGUGGAAACUCUCAUUAUCAAAACUUUGAAGAAAUUCUCAGCCUCCUGAAAGCUCUUGAAGAACGAGAAAAAAUAGUCUAUGGUCCAUCAUCCUUUGAGGUGAAGAACAUAAAGCAAUUGGAAUAUCAUAUUUUUUACCAAAGUCUUCAGUUUGUGGAAGUGCCACAUGAAAAUAACAGUUCUUCAGCACAGAGGGGCCGCAGUAAAACAAACAAUGAGCAACAACAAAGCCUAAAAAACAAGGAACUGAAGAAUUCGCAGUGGUCUUUGUUGCCUUUGUCUGAUCCCACAGACAAAUUCCUCUCCAACAUAUCCCAGUGGUCAACUCUAUGGGGUCAGAAAAAGAAGAAAGAGACCAAUAAAGUGGCAGGUUCUGAACUCUCUGACCGUUUAAGAAAAUUAAUUGUCAUGGCUGUGGAUCUGGUAGUGUUUGGGGAUAAUGACUCCAGCUCCAUAGCUACUGGACUUAAGUUGACCUUUGUAUUCAAUGGACCCAGUGAUGCAUUUACAUCAGAUAGCCAGUUUCGGACACAUCUGCUGGACUUUUUAGUGAAAUCUUUGGCCAGCAUACAGGAAAAAGGCAUUUUACAGUCAAGAAAGCCGAAAGCUUCUGUCUUCCACAGUGCCAAAGACACCCUCCUUAAACAAACAGCACGUCUCAUAGUCUCCAUGUUGUCUCCUGGGGUUGAGUUCUACGAACGCAUUUUCGUCGUGUUUUACAUGGUGAAAGAGAUCAAACACCGAGAGAUCUUCAAGUCAAUGUUUGCUUCUAGUCCUUGGGUCAACAGCCUGUUACCUUUCCUUCAUGAGCUGCUGUCCUCUUACAAAGACCAAAUGUCCAACAGCCAACAGGACAACAUCAACUGCCUGUUUGGUUUGCUCAAGAAAUCUGGGUCACGGCUGCUCUUCUCCCCGGAGAUCCACAACAACACCCCGGAUAAAGGCAAGUUGGAGCAGGAAAUCAAAACAGUUUCAGAACAGCUGGAAGAAGAGAAGCAAGAAUGGCUGAAGAGGAGACAUCAACACUUAAGCAGGAUUCUGUAUAUAAAAAACGAAAGCCUUAUCAAGAAUUUAGCUGAUUCUGCAAUGGAAGUAACGCAACAAGUGUUCCGCAUGCAAAACAAAGAGAGAAAAGAAUUAGUCACCCAUCUGAAACAGUCCAUGACUGACCGAAUCCAGAUUAAAAAAUCCUGGCAAGAUUUAGUGCAACAACUGACCCACGAGAAGGCCAUAUGGUUUUGCCCCCAGUCAUAUCCUCGAUCAUGGCAGCUAGAUCCAACAGAAGGACCUUGUCGAAUACGAAAGAGAAUGCAAAGAUGCCACUUGGGUAUUUCCGAAAGAUAUAUCAGCCCCAAAUUUUGGGAUAAGUUAACGGCUGAAAAAGUUGAUCCACCAUUGCUCUUUCUGUUUGAAGAUGAUCACCAAACAUCAGAUUCUGCUGCCUUGAUGUACCGACUCUACACUAGCGAGAAGAUCCAGUUCACCUGUGGUUGUACGACCGUGUCCCCGUCAUCUGAAAGUAAAGGAGAGUUACUGAUAGGUGAACGAAAUGUCUACUUCGUGGCUGAUGUGGCUGUAUCUGACAUGAAUUAUACUCAGGUGUUGCUUGGCAACAAAGAUCAACUUUCCAUGACGUGGCCACAGAUGGAUAUCAAAGAAUUUCUUCCACGUUGGUACCAACUAAAAGACGUUGGCCUCGAAAUCUUUUUAACAAAUGGCAAAACCUGUUUACUGGCAUUCAAUUCUACAGAGGAACGCAAUCAAACCAUGAAGCAGCUUGAAAACGUGGAACUUCCCAAUUUGGUGAAAGGUGAGAACAUGUCCAGUAUCCAGCAACUGUGGGGAAGUGGACGCAUGACAAAUUUUGAGUAUUUGACUCUGCUGAACAAGAUCGCUGGCCGAUCCUUCAAUGACCUUAUGCAAUAUCCCAUCUUCCCAUUCAUUAUCAGAAAUUACGAGAACGAAGAAUUAGAUUUGUCUAAUCAAUCCCUCUACAGAGACUUAUCAAAACCCAUUGCUGUGCAAGACAAAUCUAGGGAAAAGAAAUACAUUGAAAAUUAUCAGUACUUAAAGCAAGAAUAUGAGAAAUUCCUGUCAAAGAAUGACGAGACUUUCUACCGUGUGGCACCAUACCAUUAUGGUAGCCAUUACUCAAACAGUGGAACUGUUCUGCAUUUUUUAGUUCGCUUGCCGCCUUUUACCAAAAUGUUCCUCAACUUCCAAGAUAACCAUUUUGAUCUGCCUGACCGAACAUUUCACAACAUGGCCGUUACGUGGAAACUAUCCAGUUAUCAGUCAAUAAGUGAUGUGAAAGAACUCAUUCCUGAGUUUUUCUUCCAACCAGAGAUGUUUCUAAACUCAGAAGGAUUUGAUUUUGGAACGAAACAAACUGGUGACCUUGUGUGGGACGUCCAGCUUCCAAGUUGGUGCCAGGGCAACGCACGUUUGUUUGUUUUGAUUCAUCGACAAGCCUUAGAAUCUCCGUAUGUCUCAGAAAAUAUCCAUCGGUGGAUUAACUUGGUCUAUGGUUACAAACAACAAGGGGAUUCCGCUGUCCAGGCCAUUAAUGUCUUUCACCCAGCUACAUAUUUUGGUGUUGAUGUGGACAGCGAGAAGGACCCGGUCCACCGACAAGCCUUGAUAACCAUGAUCAAAACGUAUGGUCAGACCCCGAAACAACUGCUACGGACGCCACACCCUCAACUCCCUCCCUAUCUUCUCACACAGAUAUUUCCUAGUUUAGCAAAUAUUGGCAAACCCACAACAACGAUCUCCAGUUUAAGUUGUGUUAAAGGCUUAAACUGGGGGGACUAUGUCGGUUCCCCAGACUGCCCCCCUCCUGCUGUGAUACACCGAAAAGAGACUAGAUCUGUUGCUGCUGUUAAACUUAUCGCCCUCCAGACGGGAGAGGUGUUUGGAAUCCGAAACGAAAGUUGUCUUCUAACCAUGUGUAGCAAAGACCGAGGUGUUAUUGGUAUAAAUACCACUGAUGUGAUAUGGGCUGCUAUACUUAGUUGGAAACAUCCGGAUGGUAUUCUUCGUAUUACAAACAAUCCCGACAGAAGUCCUGUCAACUUCCUUCAAGUCAGUCCUUAUGAUCAGACCACCUGUAUAGCAUCUGUUCCCGACUGUCGCUUAUUGUUUAUUGGAGGUAGAGCUGGUGUGAUAACAGUGUACACUACCCUACACAAUACAGCAAAGAAAUCUCACCUGCAAGUAUUAGGCCACAAGAAACAACUCUAUGGUCACACCUGUCCCAUAACGACAAUCACUGUGUGUAAAUCUUACAGCAUUUUUGUCAGUGCUAGUGAAGAUGGGCUGUGCAUCAUCUGGGACUUGAAUCGGCUGUCCUAUGUACGCUCCAUAGAAGGCCAUACGUGUAGUGUGAACACCAUUGCUAUCAGUGAAACACUGGGUGAUAUUGUCACAAUAAGUUCUGCUGGUGUCGGCAGUAUCAUGAUGUUGCACACGGUCAAUGCACAACUAGUUGCUGUACAUAACUGCGAAGAUAGAAUACUGUGUGCCGCUUACUCCAGUGCUGCUGAAGGACGUUCUGUGAAUGUUAUUGCUGGGGGACUAAGUGCUGGUAUCGUUCGACUGUGGAACAGUUGGACCCUGGAACCUGUUAGAGAUCUUGUUGAUGAAGCACUGAAGGGCAAGCAGAUUUUGAGUUUGACAUUUACUCACGAUUCUCAACAUCUGUGCGUGUCGGCUUCAGAUGGAACAAUAACCUUCUGGGCAAACCAGGCAUCAAAGCCAAGAACUCCACGUCUGAUUCUCUUUCUCUGAAUCAAAAGUCCUGCCCACUCCUACCAACAACAACAGCAAAAACAUAAAUUAAAAAAACAAAAAACAAACAGAUAAAGUACUAAAACCAAAAUUUUGUAAUUAUCACGAAAAAAGAAAAAAGACUUAUUUCACAAUUACUGUUGCUCCACUGACCCACCAGGUCCCUGUAAAUAGAAAAAAAACACCCAGCCCUCCCCCAACCCUUUCAACUAUGGUUUCUAUAACCAAAUUCUAUGCACAUACUACCUUGUUAUUAUGGUUACCAUUUAUUUUUUUUCCCCCCAAAUUUGGUUCGUUUCUCUUGGAAAUUCUCAUCAGUACUCGUUGUCGUAAGGACAGCAAACGUUAGUGAAGGACAUGUCUACCUUAGACAUUAUGUUUUUGCAUCAUUAUGUAAUUUAUUCAAACAUUUAUUAUUUAUUCAUUUCUAUCUUCUUCCUCUUCUCCCUCUGUACAUGAAUGUAUGUACCGUAUUCGAUGGCAUAGAAGACACACACACACCAAUUUCAGCAGUGAAAAUUCAGGACAAAAAAAAAAGAAAAAAAAAAAACUAGAAAUUUUUAGGGCAUUAAAGCUUAUGAGAGGCCCGACCUCACAUACAGGACCAGAGAUGAUUUUGUUUUGAGACUUAUUUUUGGAGGAAAAAAAGUGUGUAUUAUAUACCAUCAAAUAUGAUAUGUAUCCUUCCUCACUCUUUUGGAAAAAAGUGAAAAUUCUGAGAAAU